ACUGAACACUGACAUUUAGUCUAAAUUUCAAAAUAGCAAAAUGAAAUUCAGUGCAACUGACUCAUAUAACACCCAAAAACACACAUGACUCACCCAGAACUCUAAAAGUAGCCACAGCAGUCAGUUUAAGAGCAGUUGCUAAUAAAGAAAAAAUAUCUCCAGAUUACAUUUUAUAAUAUCAGUCACAACACGUCAACGAUAACAAAUAAGCUUGGUAUUCAUUCUGGAUUGUGUCGUAAACCUCUGCUCCUCCUCUGCACCUCAGCCUUGGGAAAACCGAUCUUACACAACCGCCGCCCCAGGUUUCCUCUGAGUCUGGGCAGCAUAAAGGAAGCAGCCGCUUGCAGGAAGCUCAGAAGCAUUUCUGCGCUGAGACAAAGAAUCCUUCUGAUUUAAGCUCAGGAUUUAAUUGCUGAAGACAACAGAUGCUAAAUAACCAGAGAUGGGGCUUCUGAAAACCACUCUCAUCGUUGUUGUUCUCCUCACAACAACAGCCGCUAAGCCAGUACGACACAGACACGAUGCCGACAUUCCCGACAAACACACGCCACAGAGAUACUUAGCAGAGCUUUCCGAAGGCUCAGAUGAAUCUUCUGAGGAGUCUUCCGAGGAGGAGACUGAGGAAGAGGAAGAAGAAGAAGAAGAAGAAAUUGCUCAUGUUACUGAAGCUGUCACCGUCCCCCCCUUGCUGGUUGUGACCACGGAGGCCAUGGUGACCAUCACCUCAGGAGACGGCAGCACGUUCGCCCCUGAACCCGACACAGCAAACACUGAAGCACCGGUGAUCAUGGUGCAGGAAACGACACCCGUGCCAGGCACGCUCGAGCCGGACAUGCCUGUGACGGACAUGACCGAGGAUACAACCACAUUAGAUGUGAUUUCGACAUCAGUUCGUAAUACAGCAAUCAGGGGGGACAUCUAAAACACAGUUAAACAUUUAGUUAUUGAGACUUGUUGUUUCCUCUCUUUAAGAUGGUUAACAUUCAGUCCACUAGAGGCUGCUAGGUAAUUUUUUUUAAAGUUAUUUUUCUUGCCGGGUUUUUUUGGUCGGUUUAAAUAAAUGACCAAAUGUGCAACAUGGGAAGAAACUUCUUCUCAAAAAUGUGAUGCAACCCGUUGAAAGUGAAUGGAAAGGUUUGUCAGAACCGUGACUUCCACUGAAUAUGUGCUGACAUUGUAUGAAAAUAACUAUUUUACACACAUACCACACACGUAUAUAUGUACAAUGUUUACAUGUAUUUUAACGAGCCUCUAUGGUGCUUUCUCCAUCAACCAGGGACGUUGCUGUUGUAUUGUACGAACUACUUUAACGUGUUUAUGUAACGUAAUAAACAAAUCUUUGUUUUUGCAUGUCA